AUGUCUGGGGAGCCGGAUCACGUCGAGACCAAGCACAAGGUCAAGCUUGAACAUGACCCCUCUGGCGCUGAGCAAAAGCACGUCGAGAACGACGUAUCAACGGCUAUCCUCAAGAAGAAGAAGAAGCCCAACUCAUUGAUUGUCACUGACGCCACCAACGAUGACAACUCCAUCAUCGCCCUCUCCAACAACACCAUGGAGACUCUCCAGCUCUUCCGUGGCGACACCGUCCUGGUCAAGGGAAAGAAGCGCAAGGACACCGUCUUGAUCGUUCUCGCCGACGACGAUCUCGAGGAUGGUCAAGCCCGCAUCAACCGUGUUGUCCGCCACAACCUCCGUGUCAAGCAUGGCGACAUCAUCACCGUCCACCCUUGCCCUGACAUCAAAUACGCCAAGCGUAUCGCAGUCCUUCCCAUCGCCGACACAAUCGAGGGUAUUACCGGCUCCCUCUUCGACGUUUACCUCGCUCCCUACUUCCGCGAGGCAUACAGACCCGUUCGCCAAGGCGACCUCUUCACAUGCAGAGGUGGUAUGAGACAAGUCGAGUUCAAGGUCGUCGAGGUGGAUCCCCCAGAGUUUGGCAUUGUCGCACAAGACACUGUCAUUCACUGCGAAGGUGAGCCCAUCCAGCGCGAGGACGAGGAGGGUAACCUCAACGAGGUCGGCUACGACGACAUUGGUGGUGUUCGCAAGCAAAUGGCUCAAGUCCGUGAGCUUGUUGAGCUGCCUUUGAGACAUCCCCAACUCUUCAAGUCGAUCGGUAUCAAGCCUCCUCGUGGUAUCCUCAUGUACGGUCCUCCCGGUACCGGUAAGACUCUGAUGGCCAGAGCUGUUGCCAACGAGACCGGUGCAUUCUUCUUCCUUAUCAACGGUCCCGAAAUCAUGUCCAAGAUGGCUGGUGAAUCCGAGUCCAACCUGCGCAAGGCAUUCGAGGAGGCUGAGAAGAACUCGCCCGCCAUCAUCUUCAUCGACGAGAUCGACUCCAUCGCUCCCAAGCGUGACAAGACCAACGGUGAAGUCGAGCGCCGUGUCGUUUCACAACUCCUUACCCUCAUGGACGGUAUGAAGGCUCGCUCCAACAUUGUCGUCAUGGCCGCCACCAACCGUCCCAACUCGAUCGACCCUGCUCUUCGUCGUUUCGGCCGUUUCGACCGUGAAGUUGACAUUGGCAUUCCCGACCCUACCGGCCGCUUGGAGAUUCUCCAGAUCCACACCAAGAACAUGAAGCUCGGUGACGAUGUCGAUCUCGAGAGCAUCGCUGCUGAGACUCACGGUUACGUCGGUUCCGAUAUCGCAGCUCUUUGCUCUGAGGCUGCCAUGCAACAGAUUCGUGAAAAGAUGGACUUGAUCGACUUGGACGAGGACACAAUCGACGCCGAGGUUCUCGACUCGCUGGGUGUUACCAUGGAGAACUUCAGAUUCGCUCUUGGUGUUUCCAACCCCUCGGCCCUUCGCGAGGUUGCUGUCGUCGAGGUUCCCAACGUUCGCUGGGAGGACAUUGGUGGUCUCGAGGAGGUCAAGCGCGAGCUCAUCGAGUCCGUCCAGUACCCCGUCGACCACCCCGAGAAGUUCCUCAAGUUUGGUCUGUCACCAUCAAAGGGUGUUCUUUUCUACGGACCCCCUGGUACUGGUAAGACUCUUCUUGCCAAGGCCGUCGCCAACGAGUGUGCUGCCAACUUCAUCUCCGUCAAGGGUCCCGAACUUCUCUCCAUGUGGUUCGGUGAGUCUGAGAGCAACAUUCGUGACAUCUUCGACAAGGCUCGUGCUGCUGCACCUUGUGUUGUCUUCCUUGACGAGCUGGAUUCUAUUGCCAAGUCUCGUGGUGGCUCAGGUGCUGGCGGUGAUGCUGGUGGUGCUUCCGACCGUGUCGUCAACCAGCUUCUGACUGAGAUGGAUGGUAUGACCUCGAAGAAGAACGUCUUCGUUAUCGGUGCUACCAACCGUCCCGAGCAGCUCGACAACGCUCUCUGCCGUCCUGGACGUCUCGACACUCUCGUCUACGGUAUCCUUAGAGCCCAGCUCCGCAAGACCCCCGUCGCUCCUGAUGUUGAUAUCGCCUACAUCGCUUCCAAGACCAACGGUUUCUCCGGUGCCGAUCUUGGUUUCAUCACCCAGCGUGCCGUCAAGCUCGCCAUCAAGGAGGCCAUCUCAACCGACAUUGAGCGUACCAAGGCUCGUGAGGCUGCUGGUGAGGAUGCUAUGGAGGAGGAUGCCGAGGACCCCGUCCCCGAGCUCACCCGUGCUCACUUCGAGGAGGCCAUGCAGAGCGCCCGUAGGUCCGUCACCGAUGUCGAGAUCAGAAGAUACGAGAGCUUCGCUCAGCAGAUGAAGCAGUCAAGCGGCAGCAACUUCUUCCGCUUCCCUGACGCUACCACUGGUGGCGAGAACGGUGGUCAGGACAACUUUGGCGAGGCCGGUGGUGAUGACGACCUCUACAACUAA